AUGACAAUAAUUUGGUAUAAGAGGAGGAUCAGUGGUGAUGAACACCAGUAUGAGGAUGUUGACAAUGUUCAGACAGGGCAAGUUCAGUCUCAGGCUAAUAAUACUAGUAUUCAAUCUCUGAAUGUUGGAAAUCUAUCCAAUGACCAAGUGCCACAUACAUACGCCUACAUAAAGGACCCAGUAGACACGACCAAUAAUCAUGAUCAGACAGGGCAGGGUCAGUCUCAGGCUAAUAAUAUUCAGUCUCUGAAUGUUGAAAAUCUAUCCGAUGACCAAGUGCCACAUACAUACGCCUACAUAAAGGACCCUAUAGAAACGACCAGUGAUCAGACAGGGCAGGGCAAGUCUCAGGCCAUCACUGAUUCCAACACAACAGGUACUGUGGUGACCAGUAGUGAUGAUAACCAGUAUGUGGAUAUGGACAAUCAUGUUACGACUGGGCAGGGUCAGUCUGAGGCCAUCACUGAAUCCAACACAAACACUACAGCUACUGUAAUGACCAGUAAUCAUCAUUACCAAAAUGAAAACAUUGAAAACCAUAAUUAUACCAAUACUGGACACGGUCAGUCUCAGGCCAUCACUGAAUACAACACAAACAAUACAGCUACUGUAAUGACCAAUGAUCAUUAUUACCAAAAUGAAAACACUGAAAACCAUUAUUCCAAUACAGGGCACAAUCAGUCUCAGACCAACACUGAAUCCAACACAAACACCACAGCUACUGUAGUGACCAAUGGUCAUGAUCAGAAAGGGCAGGGUCGACAGUCUCAGACCAACACUGAAUCCAACAUAAACACCACAGCUAUUCUAGUGACCAGUGGUCAUGAUCAGACAGGACAGGGUCAGUCUCAGACCAACACUGAAUCCAACAUAAACACCACAGCUAUUCUAGUGACCAGUGGUCAUGAUCAGACAGGGCAGGGUCAGUCCAAGGCUAUCACUGAAUCCUUGGAUGCUACAAAUCUGUCUUAUGCUUUACACAAGUUCAGAUGA